AUGGGUUUCUGCUCGUUCUUAUCCAUGUUAUCAGCCAUUCUUUUCUUUUUCCUCAUGCCCUUCGUCUGGUAUCCAAAUCUUGUUGAUUCAUCACAGGAUAAUCUUGACAAUAAACCUGUAAUUAACGUGACAAAACAUCUCUCCUUUCGUGAUUUCAGCUCAAACUACCCAAGAACCAGCCAAGAUGUUUCACUUUUAGGAAGUGCAGCAAUUUCAAGCGAAAAGGGCUUUAUCCAAAUACCUGAUCCAAAAGUUCAAAAUGAUCUUAAGCAUCUAGCGGGAAGGGCAAUCUACUCUUCACCUGUUCGCCUUUUCGAUCCAGAUGGUGGCAGUGGCCUAACCUUUAUCAUAGCUCCCGACGAGUUCACAGUGGGACGGCCUGGUGCAUGGCUUGGUAUGCUCAACGAUGUAUGUGAUAAGGAGUACAAAGUCGUGGGUGUUGAAUUCGACACUCGUCAGAACCCCGAGUUCGGGGACCUGAAUGACAACCAUCUUGGAAUCAAUUUGGGUAGCAUAGUUUCGACCACAGCCAUCAACGCAUCGAACUUGGGAAUUUAUCUCAAAGAUGGCUUAAUACACAGAGCGUGGAUAUCUUAUGAUGGACAAAACAAAUAUAUAGACAUCUACCUCGGACAAGAUAGCAAUGAACAUCCUUCUAAACCUGUUUAUUCUGGUAAUCUUGAUCUCUCACCUUAUUUGAAUGAAUAUAUGUUCAUUGGAUUCUCAGCUUCGACUGGAAAUCACACACAAAUUCACAACAUUUUGUCCUGGAAUUUCACUUCUACAAGUCAAGCCAAUCUACGAGUUCCUUCACCAGAAACAUGUGAAAGUAAAAUCACAGUUCAAAACAGUGAAAAUCAUGAAGUUUCCCACAAGAAAACCCCUACUAGUUUCUUGAUUUUCUUAGCUGUAGUUAUACUUUCUUUGGCUAUUUUGGUUAAUCUGUAUUUCAGUGGGAAACGAAAAGAGAGGAAUAAAGAUGAAAUUAUGGUGCUUACUGAAAAAAAGCAGCGUCCAACGCCGCCAAACAAGCCCCGAAAAUUCACAAUAUCAGAAAUUUCUUCUGCUACAAGAUGUUUUGGCGAGUUACAGAUUUUGGGUAGUGAUAAUAGGAGUGUUACAUAUAAAGCCACUAUGUUGGCCGGCUGCAACACAGCUGCGAAGAGAUUUUCCGGCCAGUUUUUCACUUCACGUGGAUUGGAUAAACGACGAAUGCAUAAAGAAAUCAAAGCCAUUAGUAAAAUUCGCCACCCGAAUCUGGUUCCAAUCAGAGGAUGGUGCUUUGAUCAUCGAGAAACUAUAGUUGUGUAUGAUUAUAUUCAGAAUGGCAGUCUUAAUAAGUGGUUAUACGGCGUAGGAGUUUUGUCAUGGACUCGUCGGUUCCGGGUGGUUAAAGAUGUGGCUGAGUCAUUGAGUUAUCUUCAUUCCAAGGAAUUGGCUCAUAAGAAUGUGAAGACAAGCAGCGUCUUUCUUGAUGUAAGUUUCAGAGCUAUGCUUGGUGAUUUCGGGUUUCUUUUACCGUCAAUUGAGUCAACUCGGUUUGAGGCAUUAGUGAGUCAGAAAGUGGAUAUUUUCGAGUUUGGCGUGUUUGUACUCGAAGUUAUAUCGGGUCGGAGCAGGAGUUCAAAACCCGGUGAGAUAGACUUGUUAGACUUGGCAUGGGCCUUGCACGAGAGAGAUGAGAAGGUGAAGUUGUUGGAUAGGAAUAUGCGUUUGGUCGUGAACCCAGAUCAGGCUAUUCGGGUCUUCGAAGUCGGGUUAUUGUGUACCUUGAAUGACAACAAAGGGAGGCCUAGUAUGGAACAAGUGGUUGAAUAUUUGAAUGUUGAGAAACCAAUUCCCGAGUUACCACUGAGUCGACCCGUUUCUUUGUUUCCCUACAGCAGCACCACAGGAUUAUGCAGUGGGUACUCUUGUGCUCCAUUCAAAUAG